UAGUUAGUUAUCAUACAUACAGUAGAACACAUAAGAAUAUCGAUCUCAAAAGAUUAAAAUAAAAAGGAAAUAAAAGGAUUGCUCUCUAACUUUCCUAGUUUUUGUUGUUGGUGUUUUUGUUUUUUACUCUUCAGUUCUAUAAUUACCGUUCUGCUAGUACGUUCAGAAAACAGAAUAGAAUAAAACCCUAAAUACUGUAAUCUAAGAACGUAAGAAUUGGUACACUGUGUUCUUUAGUCAGAGAAAUAAAGGAUUGGAACACUUUGAUAUGCAAUUAGAAAAAAGAAUGAAUUAGAACACUGUGUUCUGUAAUCCGAGAAAAAAAAAAAAUAUAACUCUGUAUUCUGUAAUCAGAGAAAAGAUUGAAUUGGAACACUGUAUUCCCUAAUCAGAGAAAUAAAGGAUUGGAACACUUUAUUCUGUAAUCAGAGAAACAAAGGAUUGGAACUAUGUAUUCUAUAUUCAGAGAAAAGAAUGGAUUUUUGAGCACAGUAUUCUGUGAUCAGAGAAACAAAUAGAUUGGAACACUGUAUUCUUUAAUCAGUGAAAAGAAAGGAUUGGAACACUGUAUUCUGUAAUCAGUGAAAAGAAAGGAUUAGAACACUUAUUCUGUAAUCAGAGAAACAAAUGGAUUAGAACACUGUAUUAUGUAAUCAGAGAAUAGAAAGGAUUGGAACACUGUACUCUGUAAUCAGAUAAGGAAAGGAUUGAAACACAGUAUUCUGUAAUCAGAGAAAUAAAGGAUUGGAACACUGUAUUCUGGAAUCAGUGAAAAGUAAGCAUUAGAACACUGUAUUCUGUAAUCAGAGAAAUAAGGGAUUGGAACACUGUAUUCUGUAAUCAGAGAAAAGAAAGGAUUAGAACACUGUAUUCUAUAAUUAGAGAAAAUGAAGGAUUGGAACACUGUAUUCUGUAAUCAGUUAAAUAAAAGGAUUGGACCACUGUAUUCUGUAAUCAGUUAAAUAAAAGGAUUGGAACACUGUAUUCUGUAAGCAGAGAAAAGAAAGGACUGGAACACUAUAUCCUGUAAUCAGUGAAAAGAAAGGAUUAGAACACUGUAUUCUGUAAUUAGAGAAAAUAAAGGAUUGGAACACUGUAUUCUGUAAUCAGUUAAAUAAAAGGAUUGGAACACUGUAUUCUGAAAUCAGAGAAAUAAUAGGAUAAGAAUAGAAAUGUCUGAUUCUAAACCCAACAAAGAAGUUUGUCCUGUGGAUAAACCGGUUUACUCUGUGAGCUUCCCUAGCAGUAGGAUCGAAGCUUCUAGUAUACCUGGAGACAAGAAUAUAUUCAGCACAGCUGAUUUAUUAAUUAAUAUUUUAACCAUUGUUCUCUUCUUGGUUGACUACGGUUCCGAUAUCUGGGUAAUUGUUCUACUGCAUGGAGACGAGGGCUGGUCAACUUUCACUAUCUUAACAAUCCUUUUGGUCUUUCUCCCUCUUACAGCUGUUAAUAUACUUAGUGCAGUCUGGUAUCAUCAGGAUCACCAUGCUUCAGAAUCAGGAUUCUGUCCUGUUCGGAGCAGGUUUGAGGUUUGGGAGCGAUCUAUCCUCUCCUUUAGUCAUCUUUUCUACCUUGGUCCAGUAGUGAGACAAGCUCAUAUUAUCUGGUGCGGAGUCAGGGAAACCAGACCAAGGGGAGAUUCAUACAGGAAACUCAGGCUGUACUAUGAGAGAGAUGCUGCAUAUCUAAGUUUAAUAGAUUCCUUCCUCCAGGAUUCUCCUCAGCUUCUUCUCCAGAGCUAUAUUCUUCUCACCAGGGAUUCACAGGAGUUAUCCAAUCCUCUGACAGCAGUUAUCCAGGUGGGUUCCGUCCUUCUCUCUCUGUGUUCAAUCUCCUUUGGUAUUGUAAGCCAUGUAUCCGCUUCACAUUCAGCUGAUCCUUCUCUUUAUCCUCUUUCAUUAUCUGCCAGUAUCAUUCUUUGGUUUUGGAGGAUGGGUGUUCUUACCAGCAGGAUGCUUACAUUUUCACUCUUUCUCUCCCUAUAUAAGUUUGAGUUUAUUUGGUUCCUGAUACUCCACACCUUCCUUAUGUUUGUCUGGAUCCGAAGGACUGGAUCAAACUUCUGUGGAUCUCCAGAUAAUAUAAAAAGACCAGUGGCAGAACUCUUCUAUGAUAUCAUUCUUGCAGUUAUCUUUAACUUCGAUAUCAUUAAUAUCAAGGACGGACCUACAAGAUGGAGGUUAGUAUUUAAUCCAGGUAGAUCUCAAUACAGAGAUAGCUGGAAACAUAUAUAUUAUCUAUGUGCAAGUAUUGGUAAAGGCAAGUAUAGUUGAUAUAUCUAGAUUUAUCUAUUUCUGAUUAGAUAUAUCCAGCAGAUCUAGGUCUAUAUAAU